GUAUGGAAGAGUUAAUUAUGUACUGGCUCGAAGACUUGAACUUCUACGAGAAGUUGGGCGAUUGCAAGAGAGUCUUGGAGUCCCAGGAGAUGUUUCUUACACUUGUGAAACAGCUGGCCACUUUUUCUUAUACCAAGUAAUGUCUCGUUGGGAGGAGUAUAUCAGCAAAGUGAAAGUUAAAGGUGGAAAAUUGCCAGAUGUUACGGAUGUCUCCAGUUUAUUUCCUUUUCAUCAGUAUUUUGCAAAUGCUCCUCAACCAAUUUUCAAGGGCAGAUCCUAUGAAGAAGAUAUGGAAAUCGCUGAAGGGUGUUUUAGACAUGUUAAGAAAAUAUUCACUCAGCUUGAGGAAUUCAGAGCAUUCGAACUUCUCCGCAGUGGCCUGGAUAGAUCCAAAUACCUGUUGGUGAAAGAAGCAAAAAUCAUUGCCAUGACUUGUACUCAUGCUGCUCUGAAACGACAUGACCUGGUUGAAUUAGGUUUCAAAUAUGACAACAUCUUAAUGGAAGAGUCUGCUCAGAUUCUGGAGAUAGAAACCUUUAUACCUCUCCUGUUGCAGAACCCCCAGGAUGGAUUCAGUCGUUUGAAGCGGUGGAUUAUGAUUGGUGACCAUCAUCAGUUGCCACCAGUCAUUAAGAACAUGGCUUUUCAAAAAUACUCCAACAUGGAGCAGUCCCUUUUUACACGGUUUGUUCGUGUUGGAGUGCCAACUGUUGAUUUGGAUGCACAAGGAAGAGCAAGAGCAAGUUUAUGUAAUCUCUACAACUGGCGUUACAAGAAUCUGGGUAACCUGCCUCACGUGCAGCUUCUGCCAGAGUUCAGAACAGCCAAUGCUGGGUUUUUGUAUGACUUCCAGCUUAUAAACGUAGAAGACUUCAAUGGUGUGGGAGAAUCUGAACCCAAUCCUUAUUUCUAUCAGAAUCUUGGUGAAGCAGAGUAUGUUGUAGCACUCUUCAUGUAUAUGUGCCUGCUUGGUUAUCCUGCAGACAAGAUAAGUAUCCUGACAACAUACAAUGGACAGAAACACCUGAUCCGUGAUGUCAUUAAUCAGCGGUGUGGAAAUAAUCCACUGAUUGGACGGCCAAACAAGGUAACAACUGUGGACAGAUUUCAAGGUCAACAAAAUGAUUAUAUUCUCCUUUCACUAGUGCGUACCAAAGCUGUAGGCCACCUUAGGGAUGUCCGACGAUUAGUUGUUGCCAUGUCAAGAGCCAGGCUCGGGCUUUAUAUUUUUGCAAGGGUAUCGCUGUUUCACAACUGUUUUGAGCUAACUCCAGCUUUCAGCCAACUCACAGCUCGACCACUUCACCUCCAUAUUGUUCCCACAGAAUGUUUUCCCACAUCAAGACAGAAUGGAGAAAGACCAUCUCACCAAAUACAUGUUAUUAAGAACAUGCCUCAAAUGGCUAACUUUGUGUACAAUAUGUAUAUGCACAUGAUACAGAGUACACGCCACUAUCAACAGCGCUUACUGCCCCCACCUGCCAUGAUUGAAGAAACUGAAACUACUCCAACUCAAGAGGCUGAAGUAGAAGGUGAAGUGCAAGGCAUGCAGGAAGAUGCAGAAGAAGAAGAAGAAAAUAAGGUAGGGGAAGAAACGAUAAAGGAAGGAGAACUGAAAGUGUCCGAAGCGGAUGAACAUCGAACAAUGCCAGAACAUCCCGGAAGAGACAGUGAUAGUGGAGACAGUGAACCUGAGAAUGAGACUGAAAAAUGAUCCACGUGACAUUUGUCCUCUACAUGUUCUGGAAAACGGACCGGGAAAAAAGCAGUUAGAAAUGUAAUUGCUAUUUUUACAUUGACUUUUUAAA